ACUCAUUCGAAAGCAGAAAGUGUCAGAAAGUCCGGCUGGUCCGGCGGUUUUAGCUUUUUCAGCAUGGCGGCUGUUUGCGUUGUGAAAGAGCAAGCGCCAACUAAAAUGGAAGUUGACGAAGGACUCAAAGGAGAUGGCCUCAAACAAUAUUACAUCACAAAAAUUGAGGAGUUACAGUUAGUCGUGACAGAAAAGACACAGAAUCUACGACGUCUGCAAGCCCAGAGGAACGAGCUAAAUGCCAAAGUUCGUAUGCUACGAGAAGAACUGCAACUUCUGCAGGAACAAGGCUCUUAUGUAGGUGAAGUAGUAAAACCCAUGGACAAGAAGAAAGUCUUGGUUAAGGUGCAUCCUGAAGGGAAAUUUGUUGUGGACAUUGACAAGAACAUUGACAUUGCAAAUGUUACUCCAAACAGCAGGGUGGCCCUUCGAAAUGACAGCUACACUCUGCAUAAGAUACUUCCAAACAAGGUGGACCCUCUGGUGAGCUUGAUGAUGGUGGAAAAAGUGCCAGACUCGACGUACGAGAUGGUAGGCGGACUGGACAAGCAAAUCAAAGAAAUCAAAGAAGUGAUUGAGCUACCUGUCAAACAUCCAGAACUCUUUGAAGCUCUAGGUAUUGCACAGCCCAAGGGUGUGCUCCUCUACGGUCCUCCGGGUACAGGAAAGACUCUACUAGCACGUGCCGUUGCUCACCACACCGACUGCACUUUCAUUCGUGUUUCUGGUUCUGAGCUGGUACAAAAGUUCAUUGGUGAGGGAUCUCGCAUGGUUAGGGAGCUGUUCGUAAUGGCUAGGGAACACGCUCCGUCAAUUAUUUUCAUGGACGAAAUUGAUUCCAUUGGGUCCUCACGAAUUGACGCAGGAUCUGGAGGGGACAGCGAGGUACAGCGUACAAUGUUGGAGCUUCUUAACCAACUGGAUGGUUUUGAGGCAACCAAGAACAUUAAGGUCAUCAUGGCAACAAAUCGCAUUGACAUCCUGGAUCCAGCCCUCCUAAGGCCUGGCAGAAUCGACAGGAAGAUUGAGUUCCCACCUCCGAAUGAGGAGGCACGUCUGGACAUCCUGCGAAUUCACUCCCGCAAGAUGAACCUCACUCGCGGCAUCAACUUGCGGAAAAUUGCCGAGAUGAUGCCUGGAGCAUCCGGAGCCGAAGUAAAGGGCGUGUGCACUGAAGCCGGCAUGUACGCCCUGCGCGAGCGGCGCGUGCACGUUACCCAAGAAGACUUUGAAAUGGCCGUUGCAAAGGUGAUGCAGAAGGAUGCCGAGAAGAAUAUGUCCAUCAAGAAGCUCUGGAAAUGAAUGGCCGUUAACAUACUUCCAGGUAUGGCGUUGGGCCCUAGGGAUGUUAACAUGCUGUUUAAGUUAAGCUCCGAGUGUUCUGUAAUAAAAUACUUUCAAUUCCACAUUUUCA